AUGGGCCAAGAGCAGUCCGGUCUCCUCGACGAUGACACCCCUCCAACCACCCUGUCCGAGCGCUCGCUCUCUGCGGUGGCCCAGAUGAUCAAAGAUGGACACGCUCGCAGGAUCGUGGUCAUGACCGGUGCUGGCAUCUCCACUGCCGCUGGAAUUCCCGACUUUCGCUCGCCCAACACCGGCCUGUAUGCCAACCUCGCUCGCCUAAACCUCCCGUACGCCGAGGCCGUCUUCGACAUCUCCUACUUCCGCCAGAACCCCGACCCCUUCUACGUCCUUGCGAAAGAGCUGUACCCUGGAAACUACUCCCCCACCAUAUCGCAUGCGUUCAUCGCGCUGCUCGCCAAGAGGGACCUCCUGCGAAUGCUCUUCACCCAGAACAUCGACUGCCUGGAGCGACAGGCUGGUGUCCCUGGAGAGCUGAUCGUCGAGGCGCACGGCAGCUUCGCCACCCAGAGGUGCAUCGAGUGCAAGACGCCAUUCCCGGACGACAAGAUGAAGGAGUACGUGUUCCAGGGCGAGGUGCCCCGCUGUGUCGAUGCAAAGUGUGGUGGCUUGGUGAAGCCUGACAUCGUCUUCUUCGGAGAGCAGCUCCCCGAGCCGUUCCACAAGAACAGGCACGUCCCUUCGUACGGCGACUUGGUCCUGGUCAUGGGGACGAGCCUCACUGUGCAACCGUUUGCCAGCCUGCCGGAAAUGGCCAGGGACGAGACGCCCCGUGUUCUCUUCAACCUGGAGCGUGUCGGAUCCCUGGGAUCCCGGCCGGACGACGUGUUGGUCCUGGGCGACUGCGACUCGGGCGUCCGCAAGCUCGCCGGUGAGCUGGGCUGGGGAGGCGAGCUGGAUGCAACGUGGCGGGAGAUUGUUGGUGACAAGGAGGCAGAGAGGCAGCUGAGGAGUGCCGAGGAGCGGGAGGCUGCGAUGCGGGCUGAGGUUGAGGACUUGGCGGAUAAGGUCGGGGAGGGCCUGAACCUCGACGACGCACCUAGCAGCCCCGAUGGAGAUUCUAGCGCUUCAGAUGAGGAGGAGAAGUCGCACAGGUCGGAGGACUUGCGCGCAAUUGGCUCCGGACUUGAGCCCCACCCCACGUCGCACGAAUCUCACCAGGCGGCCGCCGACCCCCAGGAGCCCAAGGAGACCCUUCAAGAAGACACUGCGAACGGUCAGCAGCCAUCUACUGAGGCCAAAGGCGACAUUUCGGCAAGCUCUCCGGUGGCGGCGAAGGAGCCGAUCGGCUCGGCCCAGGCUCACGAGGCAACACCCAAGAAGGAUGCUGGAGAUGAGCACACCCAAGAGAAGACGGAUAAACCGGCUCUAGACAACCAGGGUAAAUCGGCGCUGUGA